AUGGAUGAAAGUGGCCGUCGUACUCGAUGGGGAACACAAAUUAAGCAACUUUUUGGUAACGAGUUCUAUGACCAUGUGAUUUACUAUGAUGUCGUUGGUUGUUCUUUCAAAAAUUCCCUACAGUUUAUUGUUAUCACAGAUUUACAUUUAUAUAUCUACGAUCUUAACGCGAAAGUAGUCCCAGAACCAUUCUGCAAGCUAUGGGAUAUCAUGGAGAUUGAUUCAGACCACGAAACACCAGAAACUUUUAGAUUAUAUCCAGAAUACAAACCACAUAGAAUUAUUAUAUGCGUUGAUGGCUUAUAUCACGCUCUUUACACAUUCGAAACAGGUACAGACUUAUACUGGAGGCUCUCAAACUCAGUUGAAAACGCAAAAAGACAUAAGAUUGUUCAAAGAGAUUCUGGAACAAAAGAACCAGAUGAAAUCCGACUCAUUACUAUAGACGGCAAGGAAAUAUCCUUACAUAACUACUAUGUUCAGAAAUUUAAUAAAAUUGCAUCUCAUGUUAUUCAUGAAACAGUCCAUGAAUCAAGAAUGAAAGCUAUGGCAGAGUUAGAAGAGAUUUCCAACCAAUAUUUUGCCAUUAGAAUCAUAUUUUUCCAAUCUUCUUAUCUUGUCCAAUAUUUAAUGGACACAUUAUCAUUCCUGAGUGAUUAUCAUUCAGUACCACCACAAAUUACAAGCAGCCGCGUUCAACAAGUCCAAUUAAUUAAGACCAUUUUAGAUACUUUUCAAUUUUACCUUCGCGGAUCAGCAUCUGUGCAUGAUGCACUCAGAUUGAUAUCAUUCAACAGCGGAGAACACUUCAAAACGCUUCUUCGCUCAUGUUUCAAAGUUGAAUAUUUCAUUAUUUCGCAACCAAAGCGCACUAGCUUUUUCAUUACCAAAAACACAAACCAGGAGAAGUACAUGACAGAACUGCAAGCAGUAGAAAUGGCUGUUCCAUCUCUUUGCUAUCAUCUCUAUGGUUUAUCAAAUAUUUCUGUUCGAAAAAUGUCAAAUACUGCUCAAACUCUAUUCCAAGCCAUUAUUACUGAAGAAGCAGAUGAUAUAAUAAGAGGAGCAUUGCAUACCAUUGCAUUUAUGACUGUACAACUCGGAUAUCUUUUGAAAGAGACACAAGUUAAUGAUAUCAUUGCUUAUACAUUCCAUGACCACAUUUGGUUCGUAGAUUACAUGUGUACGAAGUUCCCUGCUGCUGCAUUGAUGGUAAAGAAUGAGUUUGAAGUAGAAUUGAACUUCAUUUUGACUGAAGAAAGAGUUUCGAAGGAAACUUUCCAACAUUUCUUGCUUUACGAGGAAUUAAUUAAAGUAUUAAGACAUUUGAAACAAGUCCUGAAGCAAACAGUUCAACCAAGAGGUCUGAUGCAAAAUCUUCCUGUUCAGUUUAGAUAA